CACCAUCUCAAUGGCAGAGAAAAACUCCCCCGAUUCUUCGUACGAUAUUGUUGUUGCUGGAGGUGGAACCUCUGGAUGCCUUAUCGCCGGCAGACUCGCGGCUGCUCAUCCCACAUUGAAGAUUUUGGUCCUCGAAGCAGGUCCGACGACGCGAGACGAUCCUAAACAUGUAAGGCCAGGACAGUACAUCCGUCACCUAUGGCCAACGUCGAACACCGUGCGUUAUCAUGUCGGGCAUACCUCAGAGGCAUUGGGAGGUCGGGCCCCUCUGGUGCCCUGCGGCCAGUGCCUUGGUGGAGGAUCGAGCGUGAAUUUCAUGAUGUAUACACGAGCGAGUGCUUCGGACUAUGACGAUUGGGAACAGUUGUACGAUAAUCCAGGAUGGGGAUCAAAGGAUUUACUCCCCCUACUCGAGAAGGUCGAAACGUACCAAGCCAAUCCCGGCGCAGAAACACAUGGGACGUCGGGACCCUUGAAUGUCUCGCGCGGUGGCAUCUACUCCAAUGUCGGGAAGCAAUUUCUCGAUGUUGCGAAAUAUAUGGAUCCUGGCCGUAUGUUGGAUGAGGAUGCAGAUACUAACAACCUCAAGAAGUUGAACGUGUAUUGUCGAUGGAACAAAUGGAUCGAUGGCGUUUCGGGCAAACGCUCGGACGUACCACACCACUUCAUCUAUAACCAGUCUGACAAUCCAAAUCUCCACAUCGUCACUGGCGUCCACGUCAAACGCGUCCUCUUCGACGAGGAUCGCCGUCCCAACACCGUCGAGUUUCAAUACAAUACCGCCAUUCGUCCCGACGCAGACAGUUCACAAGUUCAUAAAGUCAACGCCACCAAACAGGUCGUCAUCUCAGCCGGAGCGUUCGGUUCUCCUGGUAUACUCGAAAGAUCCGGAAUCGGGGCGAAGGAGGUCUUGAAGGAGAACGGUGUGAAGGCCGCAUUUGGGAGCGACUUUGAGUUGGCGGGGGUUGGAGAAAAUUAUCGGGAUCACCAUCUUAUGUUCUGGCCCUAUAAUGCGGCGCCUGAGGCCGAGACACUGGACGCUAUUAUACGUGGCGAACCGGACAAGGUCGAAGAGGCCUUGAAAUCAUGGACGGAACAAGGCAAAGGCGUCUUUGCCUCCAAUGGUAUCGACUCUGGCAUCAAGUUCCGUCCCACCGAACGCGAGCUCGAGCAGAUUGGCCCGGAAUUCAAGGAGAGGUGGAACGACCACUUUGCCGAUGCGCCAGACAAACCGGCUUUCCUCCUCGUCCCCACCUCUUUGAACUUUGCGGACCCGACGCUCCUACCGGCGAGGAACUUCUAUUGCAUGGCAUUUUACUCCGCGUACCCUAUGUCGAUAGGCCAUGUCCACAUAACAUCCGCCACCGAUCCCGCCGCACCUCUCGACUUCCGUUCCGGCUUCCUAGACGACAAAGCAGACGUCCAAAUCCUCUCCUUCGCCUACAAAUUCUCCCGCGAACUGGCCCGCCGGAUGCCCCUCUUCAGGGGUGAAGUCACCGCUAUGCAUCCUAAGUUCCCGCCUGGUAGCAAAGCGGCGGCGAUCGAGGACUGCGAGGCGGCUUUGCCUUUGGUUUUUAGAGGGGGUGAGAACGGUCACGCGGGUGGCGAUGCAGAGAAGGAGAAGGGCGAGUGGGAGAGGAUCGUGUAUGAUGAGAAGGAUGAGGAGGCGGUGGAUGCGGCUGUUAGGGAGUAUGCUUCGACGACGUGGCAUUCGAUGGGCACCUGUGCCAUGAAACCCCGUUCUCAGAACGGCGUCGUCGACCCACGAUUGAACGUCUACGGAACCAAGGGGCUCAAAGUCGCUGACAUGUCGAUCGCGCCAAGCAACGUCAGUUCGAACACGUACACGACUGCUCUGACGAUCGCAGAAAAAGCCUUCCUGAUUAUUGAGGAAGAUCUCGGACUAAACAAGGCGUGAAAGGCGACUGCCACUGUUCCUUGUACAGGGUCAGUGUAGCGGGUAAAUGAACUGUAGCCGUAGGUAUACGAAUACCUAUGAUCUUCGUGGUGGCAGCUCUCCACUGACCGAACUCUGAUGAUCACUACUCACAAGAUAGAAGAAGACACAAUCAGCAACGGUAUUAUUCCACGUUGAUAUUCCGAA